GCAGGCGCAGUGCGGAUAAACAGGAAGCGGGCGGUAGCGGCAGCGGCUAGAGAGCCUUAGGGGCUUCGGAGAGGAUAAAGCGGAAGAACUAAGAUUAUUUGGAUGGUAACAGACGCCAACUGAGACCGAGAAAAGGAGCCUUGGCCUUAGCUUCCUGCGAGUGAUUGCGGCUUCGUUUUCCGCUGAGGCUUCCUUUUCCCCAGUUUAGGCUGAAGCGGCGGCUGACAAAGGGCUUGAGCCGGUGCCGCCGCCCUUCUCAUCCGGGCAUUCGGGCCCCUGCGGAGGGGGAGGGGGAAGGGCUGAGGGGGAGGGGAAGAAGCCCGAGGGGCGCGCGCUUGGAGCCGAGGCCCUCUCCAGGGCUCCGGGCCUGUGGCCCAACCGACGGAGGCCGAAGAGGACCCGCAGAGGUGGCGGCGGCCGGUGGCAGGAGGAUGGUGCAGAAGGAGAGCCAGGCAGCGCUGGAGGAGCGGGAGAGCGAGCUGAGCUCCAACCCUGCCGCCGCCUCGGGGGCAUCGUUGGAGCCGCCGGCUGCCGCGGCCCCAGGAGAAGACAACCCAAGCGGAGCUGGGGGAGCGGCCGUGGCGGGGGCGGAAGGAGGGGCCCGAAGGUUCCUGUGUGGCGUGGUGGAAGGAUUUUAUGGAAGACCUUGGGUUAUGGAACAGAGAAAAGAACUGUUUAGAAGGCUCCAGAAAUGGGAAUUAAAUACAUACUUGUACGCCCCCAAAGAUGACUACAAACAUAGGAUGUUUUGGCGAGAGAUGUAUUCAGUGGAGGAAGCUGAGCAACUUAUGACUCUCAUCUCUGCUGCACGGGAAUAUGAGAUAGAAUUCAUCUAUGCUAUCUCACCUGGAUUGGAUAUCACUUUUUCUAAUCCCAAGGAAGUAUCAACAUUGAAACGCAAAUUGGACCAGGUAUCUCAGUUUGGAUGCAGGUCAUUUGCCUUGCUUUUUGAUGAUAUUGACCAUAAUAUGUGUGCAGCUGACAAAGAGGUAUUCAGUUCUUUUGCUCAUGCACAGGUCUCCAUCACAAAUGAGAUUUAUCAGUACCUAGGAGAGCCAGAAACUUUCCUCUUCUGUCCUACAGAAUAUUGUGGCACUUUCUGUUAUCCAAAUGUGUCACAGUCUCCUUAUUUGAGGACUGUGGGUGAAAAGCUUCUACCUGGAAUUGAGGUUCUUUGGACAGGUCCCAAAGUUGUUUCUAAAGAAAUUCCGGUGGAGUCUAUUGAAGAGGUUUCUAAGAUUAUUAAGAGAGCACCAGUAAUCUGGGAUAACAUUCAUGCUAAUGAUUAUGAUCAGAAGAGGCUGUUUCUGGGACCCUACAAAGGAAGAUCCACAGAACUUAUCCCACGUUUAAAAGGAGUCCUGACAAAUCCAAAUUGUGAAUUUGAAGCCAACUAUGUUGCUAUCCAUACCCUUGCCACCUGGUACAAAUCAAACAUGAAUGGAGUGAGAAAAGAUGUAGUGAUGACUGACAGUGAAGACAGUACUGUAUCAAUCCAGAUAAAGUUAGAAAAUGAAGGGAGUGACGAAGAUAUUGAAACUGAUGUACUGUAUAGUCCGCAGAUGGCUCUAAAACUAGCUUUAACAGAAUGGUUGCAGGAGUUUGGUGUGCCUCAUCAGUACAGCAGUAGGCAAGUUGCACACAGUGGCGCUAAAGCAAGUGUAGUUGACGGGACUCCCUUAGUUGCAGCACCCUCUUUAAAUGCCACAACUGUAGUUACAACAGUUUACCAGGAACCUAUUAUGAGCCAGGGAGCAGCUUUGAGUGGUGAACCUUCAGCUUUGACUAAGGAAGAAGAAAAGAAACAGCCAGAUGAGGAACCCAUGGACAUGGUAGUAGAAAAACAAGAAGAAGCAGACCACAAGAAUGACAAUCAAAUAUUAACUGAAAUUGUUGAAGCUAAAAUGGCAGAGGAAUUGAAACCAAUGGACACUGAUAAGGAGACCAUAGCUGAAUCAAAAUCCCCAGAGAUGUCUAUGCAGGAAGAUUGCAUUAGUGAUAUUGCUCCUAUGCAGACUGAUGAACAGACAAGUAAGGAGCAGUUUGUGCCAGGGCCAAAUGAAAAGCCUUUGUAUACUGCAGAACCAGUGACUCUCGAGGAUUUGCAGUUACUUGCUGAUCUGUUCUACCUUCCUUAUGAGCAUGGACCCAAAGGAGCACAAAUGUUACGGGAAUUCCAGUGGCUUCGAGCAAAUAGCAGUGUUGUCAGUGUCAAUUGCAAAGGAAAAGACUCUGAAAAAAUUGAAGAAUGGCGGUCACGAGCAGCUAAGUUUGAAGAGAUGUGUGGACUAGUGAUGGGAAUGUUCACUCGACUCUCCAAUUGUGCCAACAGGACGAUCCUUUAUGACAUGUACUCCUAUGUUUGGGAUAUCAAGAGUAUAAUGUCUAUGGUGAAGUCAUUUGUACAGUGGUUAGGGUGUCGUAGUCAUUCUUCAGCACAGUUCUUAAUUGGAGACCAAGAACCCUGGGCCUUUAGAGGUGGUCUAGCAGGAGAGUUCCAGCGUUUGCUGCCAAUUGAUGGGGCAAAUGAUUUAUUUUUUCAACCACCCCCACUGACUCCUACCUCCAAAGUUUAUACUAUUAGACCAUAUUUUCCUAAAGAUGAGGCUUCCGUGUACAAGAUUUGCAGAGAAAUGUAUGAUGAUGGAGUGGGUUUACCUUUUCAAAGUCAGCCUGACCUUAUUGGAGACAAGUAUGUGAUGACUAUUUGGACUUGGGAGUUAGUAGGCGGGCUACUUUCCUUAAGCCUGGAUUACUGUUUUGUCCUAGAAGAUGAAGACGGCAUAUGUGGUUAUGCCUUGGGCACUGUUGAUGUGACCCCCUUCAUUAAAAAAUGUAAAAUUUCCUGGAUUCCCUUCAUGCAGGAGAAGUACACCAAGCCAAACGGUGACAAAGAACUCUCAGAAGCUGAGAAAAUAAUGUUGAGUUUCCAUGAAGAACAGGAAGUGUUGCCAGAAACUUUCCUUGCCAACUUCCCUUCUCUGAUAAAGAUGGAUAUUCACAAAAAAGUAACUGACCCAAGUGUGGCCAAAAGCAUGAUGGCUUGCCUGCUGUCUUCACUGAAGGCUAACGGCUCCCGGGGGGCUUUCUGUGAAGUGAGACCAGAUGAUAAAAGAAUUCUGGAAUUUUACAGCAAGUUAGGCUGUUUUGAAAUUGCAAAAAUGGAAGGCUUUCCAAAGGAUGUGGUUAUUCUUGGCCGGAGCCUGUGACACUUGUCCACACUGGAACUAUCCAAAGUCUCUUAAUUCCACCGUGUGGUUGGUGGUUGGGGUCUUCAUAGCAGCUCAUUGUCUGGAGCAGCAGCAGAUCGCCAGCGGAACUAGAAACAUCACAUUUUCAGACUACUCACUGGUUGGAAGAAGAUAGUAUUGCUGCAAAUCCUGUAUGAAACAGAUGUGGGCUCCUCUUUUGGGUCUUGUAUCUUAUGUUAGGUGCCAAGACCUCUUAUAUGGGCUUCUAUAAGGAAAGGGCCUUCAAUAAAUGUAGUCAGCACUAUUUUCUGCAUCCAGUGUGGUUGCAUUCUUCACAUGAGAGUAAUCAAGAUCACUUUCUGUCAUUGUCCUUGGUUUAUUGAAUAAAAUGUCUCAUUCUUUGGAGACAUGUCAGCAGUGAGAAAGAUGUUGUGGAUUUUAGAGGCUUUGGGGUGGAUUUUCCAAGUGGAAUGGUGGUGGCAUUAGUUUAAGCUGAAUAAGUUUGGGGCAUUUUUUUCUGCUUUCAUAAGGCCAUGGCCAGUUAUCUCCUGUAGUGACCAUUGGUUCAGGCAUGUUGUACUUUGUAGGGACAAAUGUGCAGUUGUUUGUGGCAAAAGCCCAAAAUUGGUAAACUUGUAAAUUUUCUUGUAUAUAAACUAGCUGUAAUUUGACUAUCCUUUUUGUUUACUGUUUUUGAAAUAUAUUUUCCCUUCUGAAAAUGAAAGGUAAUGGUUUAGAAUGGCACUUUGAAUACUGUAAAUCAGUGGAGGGUAGAUUUUCUUUACUUUUUGUCUUUUCUUUUCUAGUAAGUUUUAUUUUUAAUGCACCUCCCAUAUAGGUUCAGGCCAUGAUCAUUUUUAGUAUGAGAGCCUAACUUCAUAGGACUCAGACCUGUUGCUAAGUGCAAGUCACAUCUGGAAAUUAACCUCAAUAGGAAAUCAGCAUGUAAAUCGUUAGUUUUGACAUCUCUGUCAGGUGGGGUUAGGGGACCAGCUGGUUUCAUUUCCCCUUAAGUCAGUUGUCAUUUAAUCUGAAAAUCUGUUAUUCUGUUUAAUUACAUCAGAGUCUUUAAUUCUUGCAUGUUUGUAUCUAAUUUUUAAAUGAAAGAAUGAGCACACUUUAACCAAUCAGUGAUUUAUGGUUGGUUACCCUUUUUCCUUAAUCACAGAUUCUGAAAGCAUCGUGUAUUUUUAAUUUAGAUUUGGUGUUUUUAACGGUUCUGAGCAUGAGGCUGGCAGAUAAUCUCUUCAGGAUUCAGUUUUUCAUCAUGAUUGGCUGACUUCUCCAUAGACUGAUAAGCUAUUUCAUUAUCUUCCCUGCAGUUUUGCAUUUUGCAUCAGCUUUUUGACUUUGAGCUGAGAGGAGAAGGACAAAGGGAACUUGAAACAUUUUCCUUCAUACAACUCCAUCAGUGUGGGCUUUGAGAGAGUCUGAAAGCACUGUACCAGAAGUACAGUACCUAGUGACUUACAACUGAGGCUUAAGAGUGUGUGCUGAAUGGGUGCAGAGGAAGGAGGCCUCUUAGUUCUUAGGGUAAAAAUCUUUAACUGAUAAAAGGAUGUUGUAUGUUGGAAAGUUGAAAACAUGUUUGCAAUUUUGAGGUUUGAGGUGAAGGGAAGACCCCUGUCAGAUAUUAUUUAACACCAUUGAGUGUUUACUCAGUUUUCUCUGAAUAUAUCUCAAGCACUAGUGGAUAAUUACAGCAUUUUAUCUGGAGGAUUUCAGUUUCAGCCUUUUGGAAUCAGGAUUUUUAAACAAGUUGCUUUUGGUUUUAUCUUCGCUUUUAAUAACAUUGGGUAGUCUUCUGGUUACACAUCUUAACUGUGAAACAUACCAAGGUCUGUACCUUCAUCGCUCUAGGAUUGUAAAGUGCUAUGCUAUCUUCCAUGGUUAUGAAUAUUUAUAUUAAGGUUGGAAUGACAUUUCAUUGAUUGUUUAGAUCACAGCUCAGUUCCUGUAGAAAAUGAACUGUAAAACUAUUUGAAGGCCAUGCAAGAGGCAAAAUAAAACCUGAAGUGAACAUGUGUGGUGGUG